GACGUCGGAGCGGUGGAGGAUUAUGGGAAAUAACAUGGCGGCCCUGUUAAAGGAGUGAGGAACGGGACGUUAUCCCGGAAGCCAGAUCCAACCAAGCCGGGUUUACGGGUUUCGUAGACACCAGGAACUAACCCCCCUGGAAAAGGCAUCAGUUAAGGGCAGGUGACAGUAGAAAGAAGCGUCAUGUUGACGCUAGCGAACAAGUUGAAGCGGGACAGUGGUGUGAGAGGGAGCAGAACAUCCAGCUCAGCUCCAGACUCUGUACGCAGAGUGUCUAUCCGAGAUAGAUUACUUGUGAAAGAAGUUGCAGAACUUGAAGCCAACUUACCAUGUACCUGUAAAUUGAAUUUUCCUGAUCCCAACAUGCUGCACUAUUUCCAGCUGACAGUGAGCCCAGAUGAAAGUUAUUACCAAGGAGGGAAGUUUCAGUUUGAAGUUGAAGUCCCAGAUGCUUAUAACAUGGUGCCUCCAAAAGUGAAAUGCUUAACGAGGAUCUGGCAUCCGAACAUCACAGAGACAGGAGAAAUCUGUUUAAGUUUGCUGAGGGAGCAUUCAAUAGAUGGAACGGGCUGGGCCCCAACAAGAACGUUAAAGGAUGUUGUGUGGGGAUUAAACUCCUUGUUUACAGAUCUGUUAAAUUUUGAUGAUCCUUUGAACAUUGAAGCUGCAGAGCAUCAUUUGAGAGAUAAGGAGGAGUAUCGGAAUAAAGUUGAGGAUUACAUAAAGCGUUAUGCCAGAUGAUGUCAUAUAUACAGCUUCAAAACUCUGAGCCCUCUCCAGGAGAACAGGCCAGCUUCAAAGAUGUCUCCAGAGUCAGGUGGGGGAAGAGACUGGAAACCACUGGACUGGUUUUGUACCCUCUCCCUUUCAAAGACUGAGACAAGUAUUUUACCUCCAGCACCCGCACACCACCUCCGCAGUGUUCCUGCCACCUGGACUUAAAACAAAAAAAAAUAAAGAAAAAAAAAAUGCCGCUACUCAUGUUCCUUCACCCUUCCGGUUUGGCUAUUGACGUGUGUGUUUUAUUUAUGAAGAGGAGGGACUAAACCUUUCUCUUUCCUUUUUGUUUAGGUUUUUUUUUGUUUUGUUUUUUUAAUGUCGCAAAUAAUCUUUAACAAAUAUAUUAAGAGCCCAUAUCUGAAGUAAAGUAGAACAACAAGCAGUGUUACACACUAUAUCAUAACAAUAUAUCCUUUGCUUGUUGGUGGGUAUUGCAGUAAAUUGAAGUAGUGGCCAUGUAUGGUUCUGUUAUACAAUUUCUCUUGAUCACAAUUUCUCAUUUAAAGAAAAAGGGAAAAAAAUAUUAUUUAAGCUUUUGUCUAAACUGCAAUAUUAACACCAAUAUUAUUGGUGUGUUCCAAAUUGCAAAUGAUGUGUUUUAAGUAAAACCAAAAAGUUUUCCAACUCCUCAGAAAGUUGCUCAACCACAUUGAAAACUCCAUAGCCCUAUUGUGGCUUACCUAUUGCAGUGAUUAAUAUUAUACCAACUGAUAUCUACAUAUGUUUGCUUCAGAUACCCAACUUGUACAGAAGGACUGCAUCAUGAACACGGUUACUUGUUGUGUUUAUUGACUAAAUAGUGCAUUGACAAUUACACUGACAUGUUUAAAAUUUUUUUUUCAAAAACAGGAAGUGGAAAAUGUAUCCAAAUUGACUACUUUGGGCUUAAUGCUGCUGUUUAAUUUUCAAUUUCCCACAAUUCAUUGUUGAGUUAAUAAACAUUCUAUGAAAUACAGAUGCUGGAAUGCCAAAAAUCCAAGUAAUGGGCCUUACUUAUUGGUGGGCGUAUUUGGCAUGAUUGAACAUUUUAAUUUUUUUUCCUUUAAGGGUGCCGUAUUAAAUUACAAUAAAUGCCAUUAUGCAAACUCCCUGGAAGGGAAAGUGUGUGCAGGGUGGAUACACAAAAAAUGUACUGUUUACCACAAUAACAAAACAUUUUAUUAUCUUAAGGUGCUUAGUGAAAAGUGUGUGUAACUGCAACCCUGAAAUGUAUGAAAUGAGUGCUAUGAAUAUACGGAUAUGCACUUUCUUUGCUCAGGCAUGUAUGUGAUGUGUCCUGAUUUCAUAUAGAUAUGGCUGGUAAGGGGCAGUGUUUUGAUUUGUUGGAGUUGCAUUGUAUAAAAAUGUUGUCUUGUAAGUUUACAAAACCUUGAUCCUUCAUACAGACUUAUCUAUCGAAGAAACAAACAAGGCUAUUAUUAGAGAAUGUCAUUCCUUUGCAAUGGAUUUUUUUUUUUUACUCCAUCAGUCAAAACGACAUGUUCCUCUUAAAUCAGGGGAGGCCAAUAACUGAAAUCCAAGUUGUUGUAGAACUCGCAAGAUGCUUUGGCAAAUAAUGAGGGUCUUGCUUUUGGCCACCCCUGCUUUGAAUAUUCACUAUGCCAAUUCUGCCCAUUGUUGACUUUGAUAUUGAUUUCCCUGUAUAAUAACAUGUACAAAAUGAAUGUUGCUAAUAAAAUCUGCAAUAUCUGUAGUACAAAAUCCAACUUCCCUUCCAUUUAUUGGCAAGGUUUUCUCUUGUGGUAAGUUAGUUACUAUAGUCCACCUCUGUGUUGCAAACUUAAGUAUAGCUUUGCAAAUAUCCGUGUUGAAAUCAGGGAAAAUGAGUAGUAUACAGUGUGAUGAUCUUCAAGCUAUUUUCAUAGUACUUUAAACCUAGACUAUGAGGAUUUGUACUAAAAUGAGAAAAAAUAAUUCUGUAAGGAAUUAAAAAAAAAAACACA